AGAUGGCCUAAGUGAUGAAAUGCAUAAGAUCAACGGUCAAAACUAAACGAACUUCCAGUAAAAUCGUUGUCGACGAUAGCCCGACCCGAACAAAUUAUCGCGCAAAAAUCCCAAAAGGAAGAACAAACAGAGAAGCAAGUGAAUCAACUCGCGGAAUAAAAAGAACUUCACAUCUCGGAAUUUUAUCCUGUUAAUUAAGUUGUAAUUAAUAGCUUUUUCGUAAUUUCUCUGGUUUCGAUCCGACGACGACGUUUAUUGUAAUUAAUAGGUAAAUUAGAAAUGGCUGAAACAAAAUCAGGUAUGAGGAAGCCAGUUUUCAUCAAGGUUGAUCAAAUCCGGCCAGGCACGAAUGGUCACAAUCUUGUGGUGAAGGUUGUGAGUUCGAAGAUGGUGCUGCAAAAGGGCAGGCCAGACGGGCCGCAGUUUAAUCAAAUGCGUAUUGCUGAAUGUCUGGUCGGAGAUGAAACCGGGAGUAUCCUUUUUACUGCAAGGAAUGAGCAAGUGGAAAUGAUGAAGCCCGACGCUACAAUAAUUCUACGAAACGCGAGAAUUGACAUGUUCAAAGGGUCAAUGAGGCUUGCUGUGGAUAAAUGGGGGCGUGUAGAAGUCAGUGAACCAGCCAACUUCGAUGUCAAAGAGGACAAUAACCUCUCGCUCGUAGAAUAUGAAUUGGUAAACGUUGUGGAGAAGUAGAAAAAAACAGGGACAAUCUUUCUAGUCUCUUUUUACGGGGUUAUUAAAAAAUGAAUCAGGCCAAGAAGUGGAUGUUGUGUUAGGAGAUUGAAAGGUGAUAAUUUCGUGCUCACAAGAAAGUUCCGGUUUUAGUAAGAAGCAACUAUCUCAAUCUCGUAUGUGCGGAUAAGUGUUCUGUAGUAGCUGAUCAGCUUUGGAGCAGUGGCAUAGUAAAAAUAAUUAUCGCAGCAGUUACAAAUACUUCGGCAUGUGCAGAUCGUUGAAGACUUAAAUUUCGUCACGUGUUCUUUUUGCCCCCACUAUAUGAAGCAAUGAACAUGUAUGUGUAUGUUAGACAGGAAAUGGGAUCUUUAUUUGGCUGUUAAAUACUAUUUACUAUAUGAUGCUUUUUUUUUUCAAGGCAAUGAAUUUGAUCAUUGUUUUAUAUCAAUCUCUAGUUAUGGUGUUCAGAUUGUGUUUGUAUAAGCCAUAAGGGCACUUUUUCUUUGAACAAGGCGACGUAGUUUACCUCGACCGGAGCUCGGAGCUCAG